AUGAGACCCAGCAGCGCUAGCAGUGGCUCUCGCUCAGGUUCUGCCGGUUCCAGACUCAUCGACGUGAACAGCAACACACCGUUGCUGCUCCCACCUGUCACUGCGACAGUCUCGCUAGCAGCGGAGGUUCGAGAUCAACACAAAAUGCUGAAAAAUGAAGUAGAACAAAGAGACAAAUCAACUGCAGAAAGAAAAAGAGAAAAACCAGAGGCACAAAAGAGUGGAACACUGGCCAUUUGUGCUAUCUUCUUCACAGAUUUCUGCACAUCUGGACAGGGAGCUCCUAAUUAUUCUAUCUUGGAUAUGCCUGUUACCCGAGAACAACUGUCUCACUAUCGGAAUGCCGCAGAAACAGCCCGUAGUGAGCUUGCAGCACUCCUGGUGAAGUAUGAAUUUGCUCAGGCGGAACUUUCAGAUCUUAAAUCCAAAGCAGUCUCUAAAGAUGUAUCUAUCCAGGAGCUGAAGGCUGAAGUGGAGAGCUACAAGGAAAAUGAAGCUAGGCAAUCUUCUUUACUUUUCUCUAUGCAAAGUAGAAUCCAAGAGAUUGAGAAGGAAUCAGGUACGAUUGCCAUUUCUAAAAAACAAGCAGACUUAAAAGUAGAGGCCAUGCUGCAGGAGAACUCGGAACUGAAGAAGGCAAUUUGUGAACAAGAAGGGCAAAUCAGACAAUAUGUAAAAGAGUCUGAAGAAAGCAAGAUCCAAGCCUUGAAGGCCAGCAGUGAACAUGAUGAAUUCAUAGCACAUCUUUGUCAUUUGUUUGACAUAAGAGAGAAAGAAGAGCCACAGGAAUUUCUGCUUUCAAAGAUCAGUAGCAUGCAAAAAGAAAAUGCUGUGCUAAAAGGACAAAUUGCCACAUUUGAAGACACCAUUAAUGUACAUGAGAUGGAAUCAAAAGCUAGCAGAGAAACCAUCAUGCGGCUCGUUUCAGAACUGAGCAAGGAGCAGAAGAACUCAGCAGCCUGUUUUGAAGAUAUGGAAAAGCUAAGCAAUGAUCUAAACAGCACUCUAACGGCCAAGCAGAAUCUUGAAAAAGAGAUCAGAAGCCUCCAAGAGAGGCUGGUUGUGAGCCAGAGGGCUUGGGAAGCCUUGCAGGAAGAACUGAGCUACCUAAAGAGAUGUUUUAGUAAACAAGAAGAGAGCCUGAAAAGCUGCACAGAGGAGGCUAGGGCAGGAAAAAAUCUGCACGAUGCAUUUAAAGAGAAAAUAAUUACUCUGUUCCAGAGCAAAUGUAACACAGUCAGUCCAUCUGACGAGGACAUUGUGGAGACAAUUCGUGAAAUGUGCCAUGCAGAAGAGAGCAACAAAACAAUGGUAGGCCAGCUGGAAGCCCAAAUAGCUAACCUGAAUGAGGCACUCAAGUCUCAGACCACGUCGCAGCAGGAGUUUUUACAAAGGGCCAAGAAAGCAGAAAACAAUUUUGGGACACUUCAUGAUCAACUGAUGCGUCUGGAAGGCGAGCUCGUAUCCAGGGAUGUAGCAUGUGAUGCUUGGAAGUUGGAGAAACAAAAAUAUCUUAAGUUUUUGGAUCAGCUUUCUGAAAAGAUGAAUCUGGACAGGGUGGCGGCUGAUAUUGGGUUUGACAUGAGGCUGGAUGCAGUACUGGCCCGGACUGAGCAAUUGAUCAGAUUGGAAGGAGACACAUUGACUGAAAAUAAAAUCAUGGCACGCAAUCUGCAAAGGAAGUUGAAAAUUCAAAAAGAGAAGCUUGACAGCAAAGAGCUCCAUGUGAAACUUUUGCAUCAGAAGAUAAUUCAGCUGGAAGAAGAGAAGCAAGUACGCACAGCCCUGGCGGUGGAAAGAGAUGAGGCCAACCUUACAGUUAGAAAGUUACAAAAGAAGCUGGAGAGGUUGCAGCAAGAACUUGUCUUGGCAAGAGAAACAAACACUGAUCUGAAAACAAAAUUGGCUGAUGCCAAUGAACUGAAGAUCAGAACACUGGAGCAGGACAAAACCAUAGAUGACCUGAGCAAGUCCCAAGAGAAGCUGGAAAAGAUUAAGACAAAGACUGAGAAGCAGCUAAUCGCAGUGAAGUCAGAGUUACAUGUUGUAGAGCGAGAAGCAAAGGAGGAUAAAGAGCGAGCUAAAAACAUCCUGGAAUCUGUUACCAGUGAAUCGAAAACCCUUAAAACUACUCUAGAGGAAGUAAUGAAGAGGGAGAGACAGCUGUCAGACUUCAGAGAAGUGGUCUCUCAAAUGUUGGGCCUCAAUAUUGCUACUGUUGCUCUUCCUGACUACGAAAUAAUUACUCGCUUAGAGGGACUGAUCCAUUCUCAUCAGCAUCACUUUGUUCCCUGUGUGUGCCUCAAAGACAUGGCUGUGAGGCAUGAUGGAUCAUUGCAAUUUCCCCACUAAAUACUUGAAGACACUGGAAACCCUCUC